GCUUUGAUUACCCAACUGAUACUCUUAUUCCGGGGAUGAAAUUAGGUGUUAAUCAUAGGACUGGAAGAAAUUGGCAUCUUACAUCACGGUUUGGCGAAGACAAUCCCGCUUCAGGAGCUUUUACGUUGGAAUGGGAUCCAGGCACACGUAUGUUGAUUGUACGACGACGAGGGCUGAUUUAUUGGACCAGUGGCAACUUGAAAGACUAUACUAAUCAGAGCUUGAGAUUGAAUGUCAAGGAAUUUGAGAAUAUACCUAAACCCGAUUUUGAAGAUUUCAAUUACAAUUUGACCAAUGUUUCAAAUGGUGUGGAGGAUCACUUCAGAUACUCCCGUAUAACAUACCCCACAGCUAUCCAUGGGCCUCUUUCUGGAUGGCAGCUGAGUUAUAACUGGGAUAUAUUUGACACUUAUAAUGGGACAAUGAUAGCAAAAGUGAGUCUUUGUCAUGGUUACAACAUUUACAAAGGCUGUGAAUCAUGGGAGCAGCCCAUUUGCAGAAAUCAUAACGAGAUAUUUGUUUUGAAAUCAGGGCAUUUCGCUAAUGGAAAUGGGAGCGAGCCUAUUGCAGAAUCUGUUGAUGAUUAUAAUCUUACUGAGAAAGAUUGCAGAGAGAAGUGCUGGAAGGACUGUGAAUGUGUAGGCUUUGCCAGGGUCAGUCAUGAAUGUGGAUGUACAUUCUGGAAAGAGAAAAUUUUGACUUUUGUACAGAAUUAUGAUGGUUCUAAACCUAAACAAUUCGUUCUUGUUCUAAAGGCUUCAGAGUCUUCGACCAAAAGAUGGAAGUCAUGGGAAAUCAUUACUUUGGUAAUUUCAGUAGUUGCUCUUUUGUUAGGCUGUGUAUGGUUCAUCAUCCGAAAAAUUAAACAAGGUAAAAAGAAGAAGGAAGAAUUACGUGAACUGAUGACCCUAGAAGGAUAUACUGAAACACAUCCAGUUGAAAGUGAUAGGGGACAGGGUCAUCAUCUUAGACUGUUUAUGUAUUCCUCUAUCCUUAGAGCUACGGGUAACUUUUCGUCGACAAACAAAUUGGGCGAGGGUGGUUUUGGCCCUGUUUAUAAGGGAAAAACCAUCGAAGGGUGAGAAAUUGCAGUAAGGUACUCUCACGUAGGUCAGUUCAAGGAUUGCUCGAGUUCAAAACUAAACUAAUACUUAUAUCCAAAAUCCAACAUGUGAAUCUUGUCAAACUAUUGGGUUUCUACAUCCAUGAAGAUGAUAAUCUAUGACUACAGGAUAUUUACUUACAACAUAAGCUUGAACUUCUUUCUCGUUUAUGAGUACCAUCUAUUUCCUACAGGAUAUUUACUUACGACACAUUUUCAACUUGCAGUGACGGGUUUUUCAAAAAUAUGUUAUGAUUGACACAAAAAUAAACAAUCAAGAGACAUUUCAAUUG